ACAUCUAGAUUCUAACAUGCACACUUCACGUCCAGCACUUCAUUCCCAAAUCUGCACACAUGCAAGCACCUAAUUAGCUGUGGUACAAUGUUAAAAGAAUUGCGUAGAUGUUGUUACACGAUCUGCUUGUUGCUAUUCUUGAUUAUCACUGGAACCCUAAGGUUUCACCGUUUCGGGGAGGGAUUACAACGCAGGAUCCACGUUUCCGGCGACCUUAACGACGUCGUAGACAACGAGGAGGACCAACAAUGGAAACAAUGGGGCAACACGAAAUCCGCCAAUUCCGAAUUCGAUCCGCCAACGAAUGAUGUAAGCAAAAUGAGCCCGAAGGAUAUCCAAGCUGAAAUGAUGAAGCGGGUUCUAGGACCCGUUUUCGGAUUCGUUAAGCUCCGGCUUGGAACUCUUCGGACUCCGGAUAAGGUUUCUGAUAUUGCCAAGAGGUGGACCAAUCUAGCAAGAACUGGAGCAAUUGAGACAAAGUUCAUAGGUGUUGAUUUGAGCACGAUCAUGUUCACCAUGGAAAAAGGUCAAGACACAACACAGUUAAAAGAGUUUUUGCUAGAACAAGAAGAAGCAUAUGAGAUUAAAAUAGGGGACCAACUAUUUCGAAGACCAGGCGACCCUCCUUUUGAAGAAGUUUUCGAGAAGCUCCAGAAUGAGAUAGAGAAGAACAGGCACUCUGAGUUGUAAUGGCCAGAAACCAGACCCUUCUUCUUUCUCCUCUAUUUCAUUUCUAGAUUAGCAGGAAUUUUGUACUUCAGAUCAUUCUUCCAUGCAGCUCAUUUAACCAUUGAUCCUCCAACAACAUCUAUUACCAGACGGGUUACUGGAAAUGGCUCACUCUUUUUCUACUGAGUUUUCUGGUUAUGAUCUUAGCUUGUUGCUUUUCUUAUUA